CAGGCGAAGCAGGAGCAGCUCCGUUAAAUCACACAUAUCUAUUAAUAGUUCCUGAACUGGUUUCGUCACCGACGUUCUGAUUAAAUGUAAAUAAAAGUUGACGAAUUAAAAAACCUUCUACACACAUGAACUGUUUGCUGUCCUUUGAAGACCCGCCACUGGCAAUAUUGCUGCAAGCAUAAAAACUGCAACAAAUAUUGCUUAUUAGGCGAUUUUCCGGGCAAACAAUCGCGAUGGGCUCUUGAUGAACUCAUUUUGAGCGUAACUUGUUCCAAGGCACAACGCAAUGGGCGGCUUUGUGCUCUGUUCCUUCAUAGCAGCAAUGCUAAUGGCUAUUGCAAGUGCUGAUAUAGCAACGAACAGCAUUGGCCGGAAGUCGAACAGUUUUGCCAAAACAAAUCCUGCCACCAUCAUCGACUCGCUGAGGAAGCAAAUCCAGUACAAGGAGCAGGAAUUGGAGCGGGCUGAACGAGUCAACAAGAAUUUCGAAAAAAUGUUGGAACUCGUCAACAUUUUGGGCCAGGUGGACACGUUCUUAACAGACCGGACUAGGUCUUUGGUGAAGAAGUUGGCCGUACUUACGGAAGACAGCGACGACAUUAUUGUGGCUAAAGCAUCCAAUAAAAUGUAAUUUUUAGCAGA